CGCCCUGCUUCAACAUUUCCUCACUCAACAACACUUGCAUUGAGUCUCUAAGAUAUCACUGCAAGAAAAAAAAAAAAAAACCAGACAUGGCUUCCAACACUGUUGCAUCCGCUGCUCUUCUUCUUACCUUGAACUUGUUGUUCUUCACUUUGGUUAGCUCUACCUACGUGCCUUGCCCACCACCACCAAAGAGCCACAAGCCUACCCACAAGAGCCCACCCUCGGCACCUAAACAGCCAGCCACUUGCCCCAAAGAUACACUGAAACUAGGUGUUUGUGCUGAUUUGUUGGGCUCAGUGCGCGUUGUUGUUGGACCGUCGAGGACCCAAUGCUGCUCACUCAUUUCGGGUUUGGCUGAUCUCGAUGCUGCUGUUUGCCUUUGCACUGCUAUUAAAGCUAAUGUGUUGGGGGUUAACCUAAACGUUCCUGUUUCAUUGUCUUUGCUCCUCAAUUCCUGCGAAAAGCAAAUGCCUGCUGGUUACAAAUGUGCUUAAGCAAUGUUUGGGUUUUUCUUUUACGUGUUCUUUUUUUUUCUGGGCGUGUUAAAUUUGGUGUUUUGAUAUGUCAAGGGUUAGAUAAAAUGGUUAAGGUCUCUUACCUUAACCAAUACUCAAUUCUCAUCUAUUUAUACAAUAUUUGUCAUGUUAGUAAGAAAGAAGGCUUCUCGCCUUCCAAUCCAUAAAUUAUGUAUGUUACAAGUCAGUGAAACAAUUGGAUGAAAAAAUAAGUUAAUUUA